AUAUUACACAAAUGAUGGCAUCACUCGAGACAAGAGAUGACACCGAAGAACAGCCACAAAUCUAUGCGAAGAACUCUUUCGAUCGUUUUGGUGAUGACAUGUGUGCACUCAUACUGUCUUUCUCUCCACAGAAACACAGAUACCGUUACGAAUGUGUGUCCAAACAGUUCCAGAGGACAGUCUUCGUGAGUGUUGUGAACGUCAUUAUCAGCGAUGGAUGUUUGACGCAAAUACCGGAGAGAUAUGUCCCGCAAAUGUUGGCCACAAUCACCACAAAGUGUCCAAAUAUUGAGAUCAUUGACUGCCGAAGAAUAGACACAUUCAGACGUCACGUCCCGACAAUAUUGACCACAUUUCGGGACAAUUGCCAUAAUUUGCGGCACAUUUACUGCAGUCUAUUGGAGGGGAACAACAAAUGGCUGUCGGAAUACCAAUCGUUGGUCACUCGAAUCGGUUCCAUCGACAGGACGUAUAGCAGCCCUUAUGUCCAGCGCUGCCAACGAUUGACCAAAAUUGUGAUCAAAUCAUUGCGCGACGGCUUCUCUCCGAAGAGACCAAUACUGACCACGAGAUUAGAGAAGUUGUCGUUCCGUUCGUACGACGGGAUCAGUGGCGGUGAUAAUCAACUCUUGGCCGCCGUUGUGGCCAACAAUCAGUCGCUGACACGUCUGUCAGUGCACGCCAUGAAACCCGAAACUGUGGAGAUUAUGGCAGAGUUUGCGGAUAUAGUGUCACAAUAUUUGCCACAAUUGCGGCGAUUGUCUCUCUAUUUCGAUGCGACAGACAUUAACUACUCAUUGGACGCCUCUUUGCGGACAAUUGGCGUGAAGUGUAAACAAUUGAAAAUACUGUCACUCGGAUUGCGUUCAGUCUAUGCGAUGGGCAAUGACUUCGAGUCCUAUAAACAGCAAUUUGUGGAUCCGUUGAGACAUUGCCACCGAUUAACGCAUUUAAGUCUUGAAUUGUCACAAAUGAGUGGAAAAUAUUUUUGGCCACGACUUCAAUACCUGUUUAUUCGUUAUUACAAACACAAUAACACGAUUGACAACGAGUUUGUGUAUCACAUCUCAAGACUACCGGCGCUGCAAACGCUUGUCAUUCAAUGCAAUCAAGACAUUGAUUUCUCGGACAAUGAUUUGAAUGCUGUGUUGUCUUCGAGUCCUAAACUCAAGAACAUUGAAAUCCGUUUACAGGCGUCUAAAAGGACACAAUUGAUGGCAUCACUCGACACCACAGAUGACGGCAAUGAAGACAAUUACACACAACAGACACAGAUCUAUGCGAAGGACUCUUUGGAUCGUUUCGGUGAUGACUUAUUUGGACUUCUAUUGUCUUAUCUCUCACUCGAAGACCGAUUCCGAUGCGAAUGUGUAUCCAAACAGUUUCAAAGGACAGUCUUCGAGAGUGCUGUCGACAUCAAUAUCAAUGACAGACUUAUGAGACAAAUACGAAGAACAACAAUAACCCAAACAAUAGCAACAAUUUCCACAAAGUGUCCAAACAUUGAGACCAUUGACUGCCGAGGAAUAAACAAAUCAUAUGAUAAAGAUAUACCCGAAGUGUUGAACUCAUUUCACGACAAUUGCCGACAUUUACAAGAAAUUUACUACAAUUUGCGGCAGAAUUACUAUCAAUGGAUCCCAAAGUUGGGAUCACUUGUCACCAGAAUUGGCAGUAUUUCUGCCAAACAUUCACUCAUUCAUUGCCACCGAUUGUCUCACUUAGCGGUGGAUUCAAUACGAAAAGUCUUUGACAACUAUUCCGGAGAACUAAUGGCAAAGAAUUUGUUGGGAUUUGAGUUUAGAUUUAGUGAUAAACACAUUAGAGACCAAUUGUUGUGGACAUUAGUGGCCGACAAUCAGUCGCUGCAAAGUGUGGCCGUAAAUGAGAUCAAAUUCAAGACUCAGGACACUAUCACUGAACUAAUCCAACAAUUGUCACGAUUACCACAAUUGCGUGAAUUGACUCUUGAGUUCCGCGCGUUUCCAAAUCAGGACUUAUUGAGUGACUCUUUGCGGACAAUUGGCAUGAUUUGCAAGCAAUUGAAACGAUUGUCACUCCGAUUGAACCCUGAGGUCACAGAAAUCAAUGUCCAGACAUGGGAUCCGUUG